AUGAACCACCUUUUGUUGGAGAAAGAUUCGUCCUCUGAAGAAGAUAUUCAUACUUCCUUCAAUUGCCAUAUUGUCAGUAUGGAUGAGAUGGGUGAUGAUGCAGAUAAGGAGAUGGACCAUGUUCAUGAUAGCUGCACUGAAGAUAAUGUCAGAGAUGUAGACCAUGCAAACAACUCUGUCAUCUCUUCUUUGAAUGUUCAAAUGUGGGUCACUAGCAGCUUAUCAUAUCUCAAAGUACCAGAAGGUGUAGAACUGGGUGGAGGCUCUAUGGAAGAGAUUGUACUCAAGAGUCUAAUGCUCACUUUUGCCAGGAACUUUUCUCUUCCUGCUAGAGAUAUGGGGGCCUGGGCUGUUUGCAUCCCAGCCAUAAUAGAACAGUGGCUUGUCAUUGACAUGAAUGAAUGUCAUGUUGGGAUCAAGCGCUUUGAGGUGACUGUCAUCAAAACCUCUUUUGGCCAUUUUCACAGAAACAAUAUGACUUUCCCUGCGAGGACAGACAGGAGGGAGAAUGCAGUAUGGACUGAACGAGAGCGAGCGAAAGCAGAGGCAGGGGAAGUAGUUCAGGACCUCCACGACUUAAGUGACAAGAUGUAUACCUACGCAUACCAAUGUGUAUUCUUUAAGGAAUUUGAACUAACAAAUGGUGAUUUCAGCGGUGCCCUUCACCUCCACAAUUCAGAUGGCAGCCUUAUGGCCUUUGUCUGUCCCUUGUUGCCCAAGGCCAUUUGCUGUGGCCUCACCAGCAGCUUGUUAGCUUGCUUUGAUGGAGAACCGGUUUUGCGAGUGUGCAGCUAUCAAAAAGACUCUCAAGAUCAAGAUGUAGAUAAGCUGCCACAAGGGAAGCAUGGUGCCGAUGUCAGUUUGGAGAAGCUGGCAGAGAAGGUCCUUAGUCGUCCCUUCCAGUGCCUCUACUUCUCUCUCUGGAAUAGAUACUCUACUACUGUAGAUGAAGCACCCACACAUAUUCAUCCACAGAACAUGGCCAGAGUUGAUACACUGCUUUGGAGCAUCAACAGCUCUAUAGCAACAUCCUGA